AGAGAUCGGUCCGCCGCCACUGAACGGCAGUCUUGUCUCCGGAGCCUCGUACGAGAGACUUGAACGACCGGCGCCUCGCUACUCCAGCCAGUCGGACGUCGUACGCCGUCAACGCGCGAGUUCUCAUCGCCGUGAGUCUGUGGUGAUGUGUAUUAACUCUUACGAUCGAACGAUCGAUUUUGCGCACGUUCAGCGAUGAAUUUUGACUGUCAUCUGCAGUGAAUAAGUGUUUUGUUUUCCGCAUCAGAUAUAGUUUUUUUUUAAAAUCGAUUUUAUUUAUUAUACACAAUCCGUUGAAAUGGCCGAGUUCGACGCGAACAAUAACAGUGCUCUGCCGUUACCGGAAAAAGCGCAGGAAAAAUACUCACUUCGACCCAGGGCGUCGCUGAAACGCGAAGAACCCGAUGAGGAUCACGAAGACAGUUGGAAACCAUCAACUCGCGGUCGGUCUACCAAACGACGCCAAAAACCUAAGCCCCUUAGCAGGUAUCGGAGGAAGACGGCGAACGCACGCGAGCGGAGUCGCAUGCGGGAGAUCAACGAGGCGUUCGAAGCACUUCGCCGUGCCGUGCCGCACCUGGCGGUGGACGCGCACAACGAGAAGCUGACCAAGAUCACCACGCUCCGGCUGGCCAUGAAGUACAUUUCAGCGCUCAGCGGACUCUUGACCGCGGCGCCGGGCUCUCAGUCUUCGUCAUCCCCGACCACCGCCGCCGAGGCCGCAGCUAUAGCCGCGGCCACGGCGACCAUCUGCGGCGGCGGCGGCGGUGGCAUUGGUGGUGGCGGAGGACUCGUCGGGACAGCAGCGAUGUCGUCGUCUUCGGCGCCGCUUCCGACUACCACCGACCACUUGGCCGCGCUUGGCUGCUGUUUGUCGCCUUCGACGUCCGACGACGUGGACUCGCUACUCAGCGAGUACGCAUCUGACUUACUCUGUGGCGGCGGCGGCGGUAGCGAGUGCUCGUCCGCUGCGUCCACUGUCGGGUUCCUCGCCGAUCACCACCAUCACCAUCACUCGGCCGCGUUCCUGCGUGACUUGCCGGGUGCGGCCGCGAGCUAUUCGCUGUCUCCGUCGUCGUGUUCCACGUCGGCCACCGACGUCAUCGGUUUUCCGUCGCCGCUUCUGUCCGCCGACUUUCCGGUGGACGUGGCCGCGGCCUUCAUGCCGUUCGCCGAUCACCCACUGCCACCAAUCGACUUCAAUGGCGACCCGUACAUGUUCGAAGACAACUUCGCGUGCACCGAGUUUAGCUAAACCUCCUCGCACUGUGACACGGUCGGGUGUCGUCAAGGUGCCAUAUAUUUACGACAUACUUAAUAUUAUACGUAUUCAGUGUAAAUUUUUUAAAAAAUUUUUAUCGUACGUCUUGCACAAUUUUGCGAGAAAAAAUGUUGAAUAUUUUGCAUCCAAAAAAUGUGAUAUAUUUGAUAUUUUGACGUACCCUGCUUACGAGUAGCUGUUUGUAGAGUGUAUGCGUCGCUUACUCCCGUCAGUCGUCACGCGUGCCGAUGUACGUCGACCGUCAAUUUAAUACGUGUACAAAUGUUUUCCCUUAGAUUUUCUCUCAAAUAUUUUCAACUGUGAUAUACUGUUCCCUCGUACUACGUGGUUGCGACCGUCGAUUUCGACAAUUCUACCCCUCCCCAUAACCCGCCUAUACUCUUGCCAGUAAAUCGGUUACACGCGCUGUAAUGACAUCGUGUGUGCGUGUGCGCUCCCAAGUAAAUUAUUCUAUUUGUUUUAAAUGAAACGUGUACGUCUAUCCCAUUCGUUGAAUAAUAAUAAAAAAACAAUCUAACGUUUUUAAAUCCGACUGGUGAAACUGGUUAUUAUUUAUUCUAUAUAGAUAUAUAGUGUUUAAUAUACCUAUUUUUCCUUUCGGAUCCUUCCCUGGCUUCCCUUGGCUCUCUUGUACAUAAUAUUUUACACUUUAUACACGUCCCGGAACCAUAUAACAAUCUACGCAUAUCGUCGUAUAAUCGCGAUUUAAAAAAAACUAAAUACUACUUUUCGAUUUGUCAUUGUUUUCACGUGCGAUGAAAAAAAAUAAGAUAAACGGGUUUAUACGAUUAGGGUUUUCGAUCGAUUUCGCGAUCGUUCUGAUUAUAGAUCGUUUUUAUAAACAUUAAA